AUGGGUGUAUUACCGAACCAUACUGCACUUGUAACAGCUUUGGAUAUAGGAGUCAUGAAGAUACGACUCAAUGCUCAGUGGUCCACUAUGGCUUUGAUGGGUGGUUUUGCCACGAUAGACAAUAAUGAAAUCACAUUAUUGGUAAAUAAUGCAGAAAGAGGUAUUGAUAUUGAUCUUCAAGAGGCUCAGCAAAGUUUUAGACUAGCUGCACUUGAUCGUGCGCGAGCUGAAGGCAAGAGACAAGCAAUCGAGGCUGAUGUGGCUCUCAAAAGAGCUAGAACACGACUAGAGGCUGCUGAUGCUCUUUUGUUCAGAUAA